UGGCGAUGCUGCCGAGGCGCAGCUCGCUGACGGGGCUGGCGGUGGGGCUCUUCGCCGUGUACGUGGCGCACACCUGCUGGGUCAUGUACGGCAUCGUCCACACCCGGCCCUGCCUGCCCGCCGCCCGCGACGCCGACGCAGCCGCAGCCGCAGCAGCAGGAGGGGGCGACGGCUGCAUCCGGCCUUACCUGGCGCGCCGGCCCAAGCUGCAGCUGAGUGUUUACACGACCACGCGAUCCAACAUAGGUACUGAGAAUAAUAUCGAUCUGGUUUUGAAUGUGGAGAAUUUUGAUGUUGAAUCCAAAUUUGAAAGAACUGUGAAUGUGUCUGUACCAAAGAAAACACGGAAUAAUGGGACCUUAUAUGCAUACAUCUUUCUUCACCACGCUGGAAUCCUGCCCUGGCAUGAUGGCAAACAGGUGCAUAUUGUAAGCCCACUGACUACCUACAUGGUCCCUAAACCAGAAGAAAUUAAUCUUCUCACCGGAGAAUCUGUCACUCAGCAAAUUGAAGCUGAAAAAAAGCAAACGUAUGCACUAGAUGAGCCCGUCUCACAUUGGAGGUCCAGGUUAACCUUAAAUGUCAUGGUGGAAGACUUUGUGUUUGAUGGAUCUUCUCUCCCGGCUGAUGUGCACCGAUACAUGAAAAUGGUUCAGCUGGGCAAGACAGUACAUUAUCUUCCAAUACUGUUUAUUGAUCAGCUGAGCAACAGAGUGAAAGAUUUAAUGAUUAUAAACCGUUCAACAACAGAGCUGCCACUUACAGUGUCGUAUGAUAAAAUAUCCCUGGGAAAGCUUAGAUUUUGGAUCCAUAUGCAAGAUGCUGUGUAUUCUCUGCAGCAGUUUGGCUUUUCGGAAAAAGAUGCUGAUGAAGUAAAGGGAAUUUUUGUGGACACAAACCUCUACCUUCUUGCUCUGACAUUCUUUGUGGCAGCAUUCCAUCUUCUCUUUGAUUUCCUCGCAUUUAAGAAUGACAUCAGCUUUUGGACGAAAAAGAAAAGUAUGAUUGGCAUGUCUACAAAAGCAGUGCUUUGGCGAUGUUUCAGCACCGUGGUCAUAUUUCUUUUCCUCUUGGAUGAGCAAACAAGCCUGUUGGUACUGAUUCCCGCAGGGGUUGGAGCGGUGAUAGAGCUUUGGAAAGUGAAGAAAGCAUUGAAAAUGACAUUUGAAUGGGGAGGCCUGAUGCCCACAGUUAAGUUUGGAGACUUCACUGAAUCCGAAAAGAAAAUGGAGGAGUAUGACAACCAGGCCAUGAAGUACUUGUCAUAUUUGCUGUACCCAAUGUGUAUCGGAGGUGCAAUUUAUUCUUUGCUGAAUAUCAAAUAUAAAAGCUGGUACUCCUGGUUGAUUAACAGCUUUGUCAAUGGAGUAUAUGCUUUUGGAUUUCUAUUUAUGUUGCCGCAGCUAUUUGUAAAUUAUAAGAUGAAAUCUGUUGCACAUUUGCCAUGGAAGGUAUUCACGUAUAAAGCAUUCAACACUUUCAUCGAUGAUAUUUUUGCCUUUAUCAUCACGAUGCCAACAUCUCAUCGGCUGGCGUGUUUUAGAGAUGACGUGGUGCUCCUAGUGUACCUUUACCAAAGAUGGCUUUAUCCUGUGGAUAAGAGCAGAGUGAAUGAAUAUGGAGAAUCUUAUGAAGAGAAGCCGAGAAGAAAGCCCCACAAAGAAUAAUUUGAGAAAACUCUUGGAGUCUCCUUGGACUAGGAACUGGCAGCACUUGUUUUGACUUUUAAGAAGAGACUAAGUGCAAGAGUAUUCUUCAGAGCUUGUGACAGAACUUCAUGGACAAUAUAUCAUCUGCAUUGCCAAAACAAGUUUUGAUCGUCCGUGGAUCUAGCUGUCUUUUUAUUGUUAGUGUGUGUAUUCAAGAAGUCUGCCAAUAUUUUUGCCAGGUUUCAGUCAACCAUUUUCCAUUUCUGUGGAAUUUCUACAUGCAUAUUGGUAGCGCCCUGCUUAUUGGGUUGGAUCCCACGGAUCUGUUCCAUUAGUGGUGGUGCUGUUCCCUGGUGCAAA